UUAAAAUGGUGGCUCAAUUCUUUGAUCCAUAAAAAAAACUAGCUAGCUUAAUGUGGUGUUAUACAUUGUUAAAUGACCUAUAUGCAUUAUAAAUAUUUUUAGACCUGGAUAAAUUUGCUUAGAUGUAAUGGCCAUUACAUCUCUUAUGUAAAACUAUACUUUUGACAAACCAAAAACAUUUUAUAACCUGUUGAAAGUUCAGGAGGUUAACUCUUGAAACUUUGACUGCACGUUCAUCUAUAGAGCAAUUUGUUUUAUUAAAUGUGAAUGGUUCUUGCCUAUUUGAGAAUAUGAGUGGUUUCCAGGGUGUUGCUACAUUGUUGCAAAUGUAUUCUAGAUGGUUACUAGGGCAUUUUGGAUGGUUGCUACAGUAGGUGGUCACUUACUGGCCAACUCCCAAGCCUCUAUGAUAUUCUGGUCACAUCUUUUUAUAUAUUUUUUCAAAAAUCUAAUCUAUUGUCCACCCGAUGAAAAUUGUAUGUUUGAUUGCUUAAGUCCUGCACAACAAGCAGCUAAAUUUUGGAUGUAAUUUAUUAUUAUUAAGUAUUAGGCACGGGAAUAUAUAUUUUCUCAUUUGACUUCCAGUUCCUCACAGAUAUUGUCAUCGGGGUGCACGAUGAUUAAAUGUAGAGAAUUAAUCAAGAUGGCUUCAGUGCUUCUUAUUACUGUCAUAAGGCCAUGACUUUUGACAUGACAUUACAUAAUCUUUGCCCUACUUUUCACCAGCUGACACUUGAACCAUGUGACCUGACAGGUCCAGAGUGCCGUGAAACCCAAUUAAACCUGGUAUUGUAAUAUCCUGAUCUCUCCAUGCCAUCAGCCACCCACAUUCGAUUAUGUUUUGGCACAAUCUGUUCUCUUUACAGUAUCAAGUCAGACUGACACCUGUCUGCUUCUAUUCACACCUGUAAUUUACAUCAUGAAGCAUACAGACAAGUUAGUAAUAUGACAAGUCUGUGACAGAUGGAUUCUGGGAAUUUAGUGGCUUACAACAGUAAUAUGUAAUAAAAAGAUGUAUCCUAUUUUAAGAUGAAAACUAGACUAUGUUGAAAAGCUAAGCAAUAUCAUAAGCGUCCACGUAAUAGAGUUCAUCUACAAAUUAGGUAAUCUGGGGGUAACGGGUUAUGUCUCCUCACAUAAUGUGAAAUAAAGCAGUUAGGAUAUUUACAGUAUAUCAAAAUACAAAUUCUGUAUUUCUGUAAUACAAAGAGUAGUUAAAGAUUUUGUCUGUAUAUUAUUAGCAAUAGCAAAUGUUUUGAAAUAGAACAGGUUAUUGAAAAAAAUUAAUACAAAUAAAAUGCCUUUGUGUUUUAAGUUGAGUAAAAUAUGUGUUACCUUUAUUUAACAGUUUUUCUAGAAAUUAUGUGUGUUUAAUAAAGUAAACCUAGGUUGCUUCAGUCAUGAAAUACUAACAAAAUACUAUUAUUUGUUUGUUUACGUUCUACAAACCAAUAAAGAUUUCACAGCAGAAAUCAAUGCGUACCUAUAGGUAUUGGGUAGGAUUAAUGAAUCUACUAUAGCUUGUGCAGAAUAAGGUAUAAACUAUCAUAAUAAAGUAUAAAAACUAUUUAAAAAAGUGUAAAUGAUCAGUCCGACGACAGAAUGCAUGUAAAAUUAUUUUGUAUUUAAAUACAUUUAAUCUUAGUAUUUUUAUUAGACUGCUGAUUUCCUGUAUCAACAAGUUUACAAAAAUACUAAAUACAAAAAUAAUGUAUUUAAAAACAAAAUAGUAUUUCAAAUACCUGUAUUUGAAAUACUGCCCAUCCCUGCUGGAAAUCAGCAAUAUAUUCAUUUUAGGCCAUAACAUUUCGUUUUAUAUUUUAAAUGUAAUCUGUUAAUGUUAAAAUUUUGUUUAUUUUUUUAGAUUAAAAAAAAAUGUUUUCACUGUUUUGCUCAGACUUGCGUAUAACAUCCAGGAGUGGCUGUCUGCUCACUUACAUCAUCUUAAACUUUCUCUCUUGUCUGGGUUAUGAAAUGCUCGAGCUCUGUUAAGGUGGAGAUUAUAUAUCCUUCUUUACCACAACUUUCUUCUCUUGCAAAGGCUAGUUAAGUUUUUAAGUAGUUAAGAAAUUGCAGAAUUCUUUACAUUUUUUUGUUACCAUAACAGAUUACAAGAAACUAAAGGGUUACAUUUAUGUUUGUGUUUUGCAGAUGAUAUAAUGGCAGACCAAAGAAUGGACAUCUCCUCCACGAUGAAUGAGUUCAUGUCUCCCACUUCCACUGAUCUGAUCAACAGCUCAAUGGUAAUGCCGGGCAUGGACUACACCCGCAACAGGAGGGGCAGCAUCACCGACUAUCAAAUUGAUGGAUUUUCAUUUGAGGAUAGUAUGGACAUAGACAAGGACAAACAACCUGGAAGGUUCGAUCAGCAGAUUAAGAAUGCAAGGGAGGCUCACAGUCAGAUAGAAAAGAGACGAAGAGACAAGAUGAACAUCUUUAUUGAUCAGCUGGCUUCAUUAGUGCCUACCUGCAAUGCCAUGUCCCGCAAGCUGGACAAACUCACGGUGCUGCGCAUGGCGGUCCAGCAUAUGAAAACACUUCGAGGUGCUGCAAACCCUUAUACUGAAGCUAACUACAAGCCAGCCUUUUUAUCAGAAGAUGAGCUGAAGCACUUAAUAUUAAGGGCUGCUGACGGUUUUCUGUUCGUUGUGGGCUGUGAUCGGGGAAAGAUCCUUUUUGUGUCAGAGUCUGUCUACAAAAAUUUAAAUUACCGUCAGAAUGACCUGAUUGGCCAGAGUUUGUUUGAUUAUUUGCAUCCUAAAGACAUUGCAAAAGUCAAAGAGCAGCUAUCAUCUUCCGACACAGCCCCACGUGAAAGACUCAUCGAUGCUAAAACUGGGCUCCCAGUAAGGACAGACAUUGCCCCUAGUCCCUCCAGACUGUGCUCGGGGGCCCGACGCUCCUUCUUCUGCAGAAUGAAGUGCAACAGACCCCUUGUCAAAAUGGAAGACAAAGAUUUCCCAUCAACUUGCUCCAAAAAGAAAGCCGAUCGCAAGAGCUUCUGCACCAUCCACAGCACUGGCUAUCUGAAGAGCUGGCCGCCCACAAAGAUGGGCUUAGAUGAAGACAAUGAGCCUGAUAAUGAAGGCUGUAAUCUCAGCUGCUUAGUGGCCAUUGGCCGAGUACAUCCUCAUAUUAUCCCACAACCCAUAAAUGCAGACAUCCGGGUGAAGCCCACAGAGUAUGUCUCACGCCAUGCCAUUGAUGGGAAGUUUGUCUUUGUGGACCAAAGGGCCACAGCCAUUCUAGCCUAUCUACCUCAAGAGCUGCUGGGCACGUCGUUCUAUGAGUAUUUCCAUCAGGAUGACAUCGGACAUCUCACUGAAUGCCAUAGACAGGUGCUGCAGAUGAGAGAGAAGAUCAACACCAGCUGUUACAAGUUCAAGAUUAAAGAUGGCUCUUUUAUAACUUUAAGAAGUUGCUGGUUCAGUUUCAUGAACCCUUGGACCAAAGAAGUAGAGUACAUUGUCUCGACUAAUACAGUCGUCUCAGACAGUUCUCUUGAUGGAGCAGAGCCUGGUUAUCUUCAGCUCACUGCCUCACUCCAGAGUAUGCACAGCGUCCUUACAGCUGGUGAUGGCUCAGGGAAGACUGUCCCUGGAAUCCCUGGUGGCACGAGACCCGGAGCAGGAAAGAUCGGCCGCAUGAUCGCUGAGGAAGUGAUGGAGAUACAAAGGAUAAGAGGCUCAUCCCCCUCUAGUUGUGGCUCAAGUCCCCUCAACAUCACCAACAGCACACCCCCUCCUGACACAUCCUCGCUGGAGGGCAGGAAGAUUUCAAAUGGUGGAACUCCAGACAUCCCUUCAGCAGGGAUGGUGUCGGCUCAGAACAGCACAGGAUAUCCGUACUCUAACAGCUCGAUUCUAAGUGAUAAUUCCCACAUCGGUAUCGGAGACCUCAUGGAUGAGCCGGGCUCCAGCAGUGAUGAGGCUGCCAUGGCGAUCAUCAUGAGCCUGCUGGAGGCGGAUGCAGGUCUGGGAGGUCCCGUGGACUUCAGUGACCUGCCCUGGCCGCUGUGAGACCGUCACCCAUCAUGUGUACAAUCCAUCUCCAUCUUUUUGGUGACAUUGCAUUUGUUUUUGUCAGUGACUCAGGAAGCUGCACCCACAGCCAAUUCUUAUUGGUCCUCAACCUCAUUCCACAGCUUUAUAUUCAAAUGUGCCAAACAUAGACUUAAAAAAAAAAAAAAAGAUGGAUGACACAUCUCCACUUUCCUCUACUAUGAAAAGUGAAGCCAAAACAUCCCAUUGUUGCCACUGUCAUCUUGCAAACACGACAUGAUUCUGAGACAGAUUUUGCAUAGUAGUGAUUGAUUUGGAGCCCGUGUUUGCACAGUACUGAUCGUGAGGUGGUAUCAAAGUUCCCGCAAAUUCCCCCAGACCCAAUCACAGUCUCAUGCUCAUGACUCCAAACAUUUAAACAUAUUUUGGUGUGAUAAAAAAGAUCUGAAAUGAUAGAAACUAUCUUUGGGAAAAGUUUAUUUUAAGUAUAAUUUAAUUUCUUUUUUUUGGCUUAAGUCCCAUUCGUUUACAUUGAGUGGGCGGGGUUUAUGACCUCUACUGCAGCCACCCAUCUUAACUUUUCAGAACGUGUGCGGCAAACUUGGUGUCAAAUAGAUGAUAUUGUCACCAUUUUACUUUAAUUGAGGACAAAAACUGGUUUAUAGCACCUGAUUGGGACACAAUCUUCAAUCGCACAGCAUCUUGCGACACACCAUUAUCAUUGCUUGUACAAUAACUAAGGAUAUCGUUUCAGUCUACAGAAUAGAGCACUUAAUGCCAAACAACUAAAUGUAACAAAUCCUGUUGAGCUUACAGAUUUAUAUAAAUAUCCACCACCUCAGCAUUUCUGAUCUUUUUUUUGUGUUUCUGCAUAUUUUUACUAAUUAAAUUUUGGUGAUCCAUGUGAA